AUGUUUCCCGUCAAGCAAGGGACACCCGAGUGGAUACUUGACACUUUGGCUCAGCUUUACGCCUUUGUUGAAAGUCUUAGAGCAGGAAUACUUCAAUCCAUCUUGCUGAGUAGACGACUGUGA